CAAGGCCUGUAUGAAGACAAGUGGUAUGGAAAAUGAUAAUCUAGUGAACAUGGGAAAAUUACUUAAAAAUCACUAUAGGUUUAUGACAGGUUUUUCAUAGCAGUCAUUUUGACACAAAGUGAAAUAAUACUCUUUUAAACUUUUAUUAAACCAGAUAAAAGUUUAUAGCAAAGUCUUAUUUAAAACGGUGGCCUGGCCAAACCAUAAGCAGCAUAGCUUGUAUUAACAAUGACAAUAAGUAGGGAAAAAGUCACAUUUUAAAUGAUAUACUAGAUUUAAAAACAUAUAUUUAUUUUUACUAAUUUUGAGUAUACAUUUAUAUUAUUCAUCCUUUGUUUUUUGUUUGUGAAAUUUGAAUUGUGACGUAAUUGAAAUGACAAGUGACUGAUUGAAAGCUAAUCAAAUGUGUCUAUUACAACUAAUACUCGUAUAUUAAUGAAUGUAUUUUUACAUUAUUAUUGUAUUUUUACAUAUUCCCUGUAGUUAAAAAUAGGAUUGAGAAAAUUAAACAUUAAAUAUAUUUGUCCUUUAUGCCCCUCUCAUUCUUUUUCAAAAGUAGUCAUCCAUAAACACAAAUAUCAAUAUUCAAAUAUUGUUAGAGCAAAAUGGUAAACUCCAAUAGUGGUCUCCCCAGUAUUUCUUAGUGUAUGUUAGUACUACUAGGGUUACUCGCGGUCCCUCUGAGACUGGGAGGCGAAAGAAUUGAAUAGAAUCAUAAUUUAAGUACUUUUCUUCACAUAGUUAAUGGUUUUGAUUAAUUAUUAUUAGUCAUGAUGGUGGCACUUUGAGAUUGAUGCGUUUCUUUCAGUGCAAAUGCACUGACCCAUAUUUUUCCCUUUAAAAAUAGUCAAAUAUUUAAACAGAAAUGUCACUUUUCAAGUAUUGUAAGAAACAAACUCAAAUAGUGAUCAAUAUAACAUCCGCUGUGUACCUUGGUAUAUGUAUUAUGUUGCUGACCUAGUUUUUGUCUCCAAAUAUAUGAAUCUUUCCAUACUUAUAACACUUAAAAUCCACAAGUUUCCUCUCCGAAAUAGUCAGACGGUGAGAAAUAACCCCCUUACGUUGGAAAUUAUUCAAAAAAGAGAAUAGCGUCUAUGAUUACCCGCCAGCGAGGUAAGCUUUGGCUUAUUCCAGUGCGAGAGGGAAUCCCUCGACGUCACCAAGGAUACCAAACACAACAGCGGUGCACAAAUAUGGGCAUGUACGUCAGCGGAACCCCGAGGCGGGACUUAAAUGCCUCGGUUGUAGGCUACUCAAGGAGGAUUCAUUCAUAAGACAAAAUCUGCUUGUUUGUACCGUAAUUCUGUUGUGCAUUCGCCGGGUCGUGCCGCCAAUCGGAGUUUAUGGAUCUAUCGAGCUUCGGAUCGAAGAAAUAGUUUGAACCCGGGGAGUGGAAGGAGAACACCUCUUCGGGGCAAUUUCCCCCAGCUUUCUGGUUGCGGGGAAGUGGAUAAAAGCUUCUUCAUGCAACUUUUUUGGGAAGACACCAGGAGCGCCUCACCGGAAAACAGCAAUAAGACGAGUAACGGUGUCAAGUUCUCUCUCAGCCCUCGCGGGGAGAUGUACCAAGGGUUCCCCGGCGACCCCGACAGCGGAUCCCGUAGUAGCUCGUCCCCGUCCAUAGAGUCCCAGUACCUUUCCUCCGUGGACUCAUUCGGCAGCCCGCCGACCACCAGUGCUCCGCAAGAGUGUGUGUCAGCCGCAGCUGGCUUGAGCAUUGUGGGUAGCGGGCCAGGAUCCAGCGGCGGAGGGGAGAUGCCCGGUUCGUUCGUGCCAACCGUCACUGCCAUCACCACCAGUCAGGACCUGCAGUGGAUGGUCCAGUCCACCCUCAUCUCCUCCCAGGCCUCGGGGCAGAGCGGCACCACCGGCACGUCCUCCAUGACCCGGCCAGUGCCACUGAUUGAUCCCUAUGACAUGCCAGGCACUAGCUACUCCUCCGGCUCCGCAUUCUCUCCUCCGAGUUCGGACACCCCUGGCCCAGCACCGGGCCCCAUCCGCCAGUCCAGAGCCCGUAGCCGCCGCACUCGAGAAGAGUCUGUGAGUGAAGACGGAGAUGUUGGUGUGUUACUGACUCCCGAAGAGGAGGAGAAGCGACGUGUCCGUCGAGAGAGGAACAAACUGGCCGCCGCCAAGUGCAGAAACCGCCGACGGGAACUCACGGACAGGCUGCAAUCGGAGACGGACAUUCUGGAGGAGGAGAAGGCUGAGCUGGAGGCGGAGAUUUCUGAGCUGCAGAAAGAGAAGGAGCGCCUGGAAUUUGUCCUGGUGGCCCACCAGCCCAAAUGCAAGAUCCUAUACCAGGAACAGCCUCAGCCAAGCUCGGCACAGCUCCCCAUGCAGAACUUACAAGCUCCCCCCACCAUUGCGGGCUUGGCUGUGAAGGAUGACUCUUUCUAUUUGGCUCCUGCCUACUCAGGCCACGCAGCCUCAACACAGUCGCAGAUUCCGCCUCAAGCGCAGCAGCAGCAACAUGUCCAGCAGCCUCAGCCAGGAAUGAUACAGGAGGUAGAGUUUUCUCGUUCUUUCUAUGGCCCGAAUGAGGCGGCGGCACCUGGCGGGCCGUGCUUCAUGGCCGGCGACGGUGGUGGUGGUGGUGGUGGUAACCAUGACGAUGCGGGAAUUGCCAGCCACAGCACUUCAUACACAUCUUCAUUUGUGUUCACCUACCCAGAGGGAGCCUGCGGGGUCAGUGCCAACCAUCGGAACAGCAGUAGCGAGCAGUCAUCCGAUUCCUUGAACUCGCCUUCCCUGCUGGCGCUCUGACUGCCCGACAAAAUACCGUACCUAAAUGCUCGCUGAAUAGGGGCUGACUGCUGCCCAUUUAACUUAAAGAACAAAAUUAACGCGCAUUCCAAGAGAGAGACGGAUUCAAAUUGCAAACGUCAAUCAGUCAGCGUGCAUGUAAAAUACAGCGUAAAUUAAACUCGGUCUCCAGUGAGCGGCCACAACUGCAACCGGUGCCCCCCCACCUUGUUCCCUCUGAGGGUCUAUCAUGCUCUCCUCCAUCCUUGCCCUUCCACUAGCCUCUUUUGCCCAGCGCCCAGAGGUGAGACACUUACCGCUCACCCUUCAUCCUCCCAGCCCUCCCUCAGCUUCCUCAUGUUUGGAAGUUGGCGAUCACCGCGUUGUUACAAUUCCUCUGCCGUGCCAGCAUCUGUUUCUCCUCUUCUGUCUCUUGUGUUUCUCCCCCUCUCUCUGCUUGAAGUCCUCCACGCCCAAGAGCCCGAAGACCCCCUCCAGUCCCUGGGACCUUGAGUGAAUCGCCCGGCCCCCAACCUAAUACUUACACCUUAACUGCUCCAUGUCGACUUGGAUCGAGAUUCUGCAGCUUGUUCCAAACAAGCACACACUUCACUGGGAGCUCCAGUUCAACAUUUGAAAGCACAGUUGAUGCAAAAAAAACCAGCAAGGCGGAGGUCUUUGGUUGAGCCACUUCUUGACACGAUGAACACAAGGCAUGUUGAGUGGCUCUGUGGGGGGGGGGGAUGCUUUUGUUGACGUGAGCCAAAUGCAAAACUAUCCAAAAAAAUGUAAGUAAAAGCUCUGUCCGUGUAGAUUCUGAGUCAUGCCCGUCAUGGUAAUCCGGAAGGGGUGAAUCGAGGCAACCGGAUUUGUCUUGUUUGUUGAAGAUAUUCCAAUCUUUAAUUCAAAAGGCUUCUUCCGUUCUCAAUUUGUCAGAUGAUAUGUGAAUCAUCUGACAAAUCAUCUGAAUUCUUCAGCGAAAAAUUCUGAACUACAGAAGCCUUUGGAUUGAAGGCGAAAUGUCAUCAACAAACGCAAAGAACGCCAUGCGGCUGCCUCGAUUCAACCUUUUUAAAAGAUGUCGCUCUUGCCAACUGUGUGGAGGGUUUCUCUCUCAGUCAGAAGCUUCACCACACCACCAUGGCUUUUGAGUCUCCGGAUGAUGCUUUUUUUUCUUGCCUGUUUGCCUUUAACGGGAAAUGCAGACAACCUCUCAAUAUGGGGCGUGCAUAUGACUGCACCUGGCCUGUUUAUUUCUUUCUUGAGUGAGGUUGUCACGGAGGCUGACCCGGAAACAAAUAGAGGAGAUUAUCCGGGCCGAUGUUAGGGCGCCAGCGUCCUCUCCUGCCUGUGAAUUUGUGCCAUUUGUUUUUUGCUCGUACGUUCCAGUGACACUUGUUGCAUAUUUUGUCUUUUUUAUGUAUUUGAGUGUUCUGCUUUUACUUGUACGCCAACUGCAGCCCACCUCCAACUCUGUUGUUGUUGCAUCGUUAAGUAUAUAUUUUUUUCCCUUGAUUUGAUUGUUUUCAUGUGGCAACUUUGGAGGUAUGUGCACUUAAAGGUUUUGUGUGUGUUGAAAGUAAAAAAAAAAUCUUGUUCCAUCUCCCAUGUAAGAAGAUUUUUAUAUUUAAAUAUAUACAUGCAGUAUAUAUAUAUGUCUGUGUAUGUAUAAAUAAGUGUAUGCGCUAUGAUUGUCAAGUAUGAAUGUGUAGAGGGGAUAUUUUUGUCAAUGAAGAAAUUUGAAAGAUGUUCUUGAGAUUUACUUUUAAAAUGAAUAUUUUUGUAAGAGAAUGAAAAAAAUUAUAGAAAUAUAUAUACUGUAUGAUAGGUUUAAAAAAAAUGGCCCUGUCCUUUAACAUGAAGCAUGAUGUCAUUGCCUCUCGCCAUGUGUAUUUAUGUUUUACAAAACAGUAUCAAGCACUAUCCAAGAUGGUCAAUGUAUGUAUGUAACUAUGACUAUGUUACAAGGUUGUGAUGACGCCAUUUGUUUUGUCUGAUUUUUCUCUGUGAGGUCUGACCCAAAGCUACUGACACCACCACUUUAUCUUCAAAAAUCGAAAUUAAAAAAAAGUACAGUAUACUGAAGUCACUGUUACAUCUACACAAAACAUGUUAUUUGUAUUUCUGCCCUUAUAAUAAACAAAUAAUAUGCUUCAAGAAUGAACUAAAAGGUGUAUUUGAAAGAAAAACAUAUCAUUUUACAUAAAAGGCUUUAUUUUUUUUGAAUAAACAAAUAAAAAUGUGACAUCCAAAUAAUGACAAAUUGAUGGUAUAGUCUGAGUGGCUCCUGGUGCUUAGGAAAUGGGUGGACCUCACUUUUUGAACAGCUGAUUAAGAAAUAUUUCGGGACACCUUUUUGAUUGAUUUUCUCUCCAAAAUGCAAAUGUGAUGAGAAUAUGUUUUUGUGUGUCAGAAUACGCAUAAAACAUGUUCACUAGUUCUCAUGUAUAUAGUUUUUUCUUCAUUGUGGUGCCUCUUUUAAAUCAUGAUAAAAGAAAAAGGCAGUUAUAUGUUGUACACCACAGUUUACAUUGGCUCUAGACUCCCUUGAUGGACAGAGUAGUGAAUUCCAUGCAGCUGAAUCUGUGGAAGCAUAUCAAUCACCUUUUCAUUGCAUCACGAGAAUAAUCAAUGAUGAUUAAGAAUAUUCAAUGCAUCAUUGAAUGUGUGAAUGACACUUCAGAGGCCCUUGCACUGAACGCACAUCCAUUCAUUUCUUUCCUUUGUGGGUUCCUUUUACUUUCUAUAAUGAUGACACAAUCAACCUGCUUGUACUGUACAACAGCCAUCGACAAGAGUUGCUCCUAUUUUUCUAUGCUGAGGUGAAUGUUGCAAUGUAUUUGUAUUAUUCUGCACAAGUCGCAUAUCUACACAUAGUUGUACUUUUUGGGUGUGAAAUGCAAUACUUACGAUGCUCUUGGAUGAACAUAAUGUAGCAAAUAUUAGUCGGGGAUGAUAAACUGACUGCUACUGUAUGUCCAGUGUGAUACUGUAUUGCAAGAAAAACUUCAAAUAUUCCCACAGACUUACUACAACAUUUAUUUUCUAUGGAGAAAAGUUAUGAAUUAUUGAUUUUCCGUCUUUUAUUUCAAAUUCCUUUUGGGUGCACAUUCAUUUAUAUCAAUGUUUCAUCUUUUUCCCCAUA